UUAUUGCAAUACACUACAAUGAACGCUGGAUGUCACUCUAUACUGCAUGUUACACCUCGUCAGCGAAAAGGGGGAUUUUCUUGCUUUUUUUCCUUGACAGGCGAAUGACAACACCACCACGGCCCUCUUCCUUCAUCGCAGCUGGUUACAAACGCUCUAGAAAAGUGGUUUGUAGCUAGAGAAUACUUCAUUUAUGUGCCACUGGGAGCGACAGGAGGAUGGCAGAUGACAAGGACGUGCUGCGGGAUGUUUGGUUUGGUCGGAUUCCGACCUGCUUCACACUUUACCAGGAUGAGAUCACAGAGAGAGAGGCCGAACCCUUCUAUCUCCUCCUGCCAAGGGUGAGCUACCUGACUCUGGUCACAGACAAGGUGAAAAAGCACUUCCUGAAGGUCAUGAAGGCCGAAGACGUAGAGGAGAUGUGGUUUGAUUUCGAAGGAACGCCACUCAAAUGGCACUAUCCAAUCGGAUUGCUGUUCGACCUACAUGCCUCCAACACUGCCCUGCCAUGGAGUAUCACUGUGCACUUUAAGAAUUUCCCAGAGCGUGACCUGCUCCACUGCCCCUCUAACUCUGUGAUCGAGGCCCACUUCAUGUCCAGCAUCAAGGAGGCGGAUGCCCUCAAACACAAGAGCCAGGUCAUCAACGACAUGCAGAAGAAAGACCACAAGCAGCUGUGGAUGGGUCUGCAGAACGAUAAGUUUGACCAGUUCUGGGCCAUGAACCGUAAGCUGAUGGAAUACCCCACAGAGGAGGGAGGCUUUCGCUACAUCCCCUUCAGGAUAUACCUGACGAUGAGUGACAGGCCAUUCAUCCAGAAGUUGUUUCGCCCCAUCUCGUCCGACGGCUACACACACACGCUGGGGGAUCUGCUGAAGGAGGUGUACCCCGUGGUCAUAUCCAGCGACGACGAGUCCAAGCGCUACCAGGUGGUGAUCCAUGGGAUUGAGCCCCUGCUGGAGACCCCGUUGCAGUGGCUGAGCGAGCACCUCAGUCACCCUGAUAACUUCCUCCACAUCAGCGUCAUACCAGCGCCUAGCGACUGACACCCCUGGCAAAGUUUGAUAACACCCGGCAACUAGGAACGUUGCAAACUCUGAACGGACUCUUUAGAGAGCAGGAAAACCCACGUGACUGGGGGGGGCGAAGAGUGACGCAAUCGCAGUGUGACGUCAUCUCAUUCAACUUGUCUCAAAAAGGAGCCCACCAGGAGAAAAUGUACCCUUCUGUUCUCCAUCUCUUUUCCUCCCCUCCUUCGCCCUCUGUCUCUUUUGGACCAUUAUGUGUUUGGGGAAAGUUGUUCCGCUCAAAAUGUGGAAGGCCAAGCUGAAAGAGGGCUGAUCCGUUUAAAAAGAGAGGCAGCAAGAUGCCGCUUACCACCUCCUCUCUCCUCUUCCUCCUCCUAGAGAAAGAGACAGAGCCCCGACAUGCCUAGUGGGACACCCUACAAACAGAAGUUGCCUUAGUUUUCCCGAGUCACAUCAUGCGCUACACGACUGGACGUUCAUAAAGUCACACUGAGUUUACAUGGUUGUACUGUAUGCCACUGAGGAGUGAAAGGGGAUUUUUAAAGACACUUCUUCAUUCUUUCUCUCACUGUAUUUUUAUAUUCUCCAUCUUCCUCACUGUAUUUCCUGUCUCUUUCUUCUCUCUCUUCCUCCCCCUCUUUCUCUCUCAUGUCAUUUACUGCCGAUGCUCUCAUCUCCAUAGCUAAUUUAUCUAUUGGAAUUCCUUCUGCUACUAAUGAGACCGCUAAACUUCUCUCCAUGCCAAGCCUUGGGGUUGUGUGUGUUGUAAUUAGAGACAUCAUUUAAAGUCUCCUAGAAGGGGUGAGGAAGGUGUGAAGAGUACGAAUGGAAUCAUGUCUGUCUUCUCUCUUCCGUGUCAAAGGGAAACGUAGCCAGACAUGUAAUUUGGAGUGUGUUGCAGUCGAACGGGAGGGAAACUUGUGAUGUCACACCUGUCUUAGCACGUCGGGCUUCCUCAUUCGCCGCCUAGGAGGAUGGGAUAGGGGAGUUUACAGCUCUGAGUCAGGGCUGGGCUCGACGUGGGGUACUGCCUGAGGGGUAGGCAUGUGCAUACGUGUGUGUAUGUACAUGUCUGUAUGGGUACUUUUUACAUUUAAGUAAUUUAGCAGACGCUCUUAUCCAGAGCGACUUACAAAUUGGUGCAUUCACCUUAUGACAUCCAGUGGAACAGCCACUUUACAAUAGUGCAUCUAAAUCUUUUAA